AUGGAGAGCCUAUGGCUAAUUAUCCUGUUAGCUCUCCCUUACGUAACUAAUUCUACAAUAAGCAAAAAGUCAGUAAUUACAUCACUGCAUGCAAAAUGGCCACAGACUCCAUUUAUUGCGGAAGCCAGUGAAUUUAUGGCUCACGAAAGUGACAGUUUAUUCUGGGCCUAUAUAGAUGAAAUUGUUGAAAAACUUAAUGUUGACGAGUGGCAUACAUACAGCGAUGCCAAACAGUACGAUUUAACUGUACGUUUAGCAGGCUAUUUGUUGCAGGAAGCUCGUGUGAAUCUUUUAAAAUUUGCUUUGUCUUUACGAGCUCAUUCACCAGCUGUAUUGCUUUUCCAGAGAUUAGGUGCUGAAAAGAAGAAGUCAUGUGCUGCAUUUGCUGAUAUUCAUGGUAUUUUAACAUGUGAUGUAAAUGAUUUGGAAAAGGUUAUCGAAAAUGAUAUGAAGGGUCCUGCACCAACAGUGUAUUCUAUUGAUCAUGUAUUUCCUGCAACUAAAGAACAUAAUGUUACCUUAAUUAUAUAUGGUGAAUUAGGCUCAGCAUCGUGGAGGAAAUUUCAUUUAGCUGCAAAAGCAUUAUCGAGAGGCGGCAAAGCCAGAUAUGUCCUUCGGCAUUUUGUUAAAGAUGUCCGUGAUGACAAGCUUUUGUUAUCGGGUUACGGCGUUGAACUGGCUAUCAAAAGCACGGAAUACAAGGCAGUUGAUGAUAGCAAUACUGUAACUGAUAAAAUGGUAGUAGAGGAAAGUUCAGAAGAGUAUAUUGAUAACGAAGAAGAUAAUUGUGGAUUCAACUUCAAUAUACUGCGCAGGUUGCAUCAUGAUUUAAAAGAAUCGAUUGAGCAGUUUCGGUUGCAUUUGCUAGAACGUGAUGAACUUACUCCGCUGAAAGUAUGGCAGGUACAGGAACUUAGCUAUCAGACUGCUCAGAGAAUUGUUCAGGCUGGACCGCAGAAAGCCAUUAAUAUCAUGACGGAUUCAAGCCAAAACUUCCCGCUUUCUGCUCGGUCACUAUCACGACAAAUAGUGCGGAAAGAAUUCAUAUCUGAGGUCAGUGCAAAUCAGGAGCAGUUAAUGGAGUACGGCAUCUCGGAAGGUGAAUCUAUUUUUUUAAUCAAUGGUAUCAUGGUGGAUAUUGAUGCCCUGGAUGUGUUCCAAGUGCUUGACUUGUUGAAACAGGAGGAAAAAUUGGCAAAUGGAUUUUUUCGUAUGGGAAUUAAGAACGAAUAUCUUUCCAUGCUAAUGGACCUCGAAUUAAGCAAUGAACGUUUGUCAUAUGCGCUGGAUUUUAGAUCAGCAUCUCCAGAGUACCUGAAUAAUUUGGAUACCGAUAAACAAUACCGGCAGUGGGCAAAUAGUGUGGGUUUGCUACUUCAACCCUAUUUUCCUGGAAUGCUUCGACCAAUUGCUAGAAAUUUAUUCACUUUGAUUUUCGUUGUUGAUCCAUCUCAGAAGGAAACUCGUGAUUUAUUACAUUAUGCUCUGCGAUUUUAUGCUCAUGAAAUACCUGUUAGGCUUGGAGUUGUUUUCGUGACUAAUGAUGAGAAAGAAACAAGUGGUUUUGAUGAUGCAUCCGUUGCUAUGUUGAAUUUAUACAAUUUUAUCAAAAUGAAUAAUGGUAUUCAGAAAGCACUGGAUGUCUUAACUGAGGUUCUAAAUGUGAAGGAAGAGUCUGUGUCUCCAAAGGAUGUCUUAUCAUAUUUCCAAAUAAAAUAUCCUAAUCAUGAUCCAAAUGACGUCUUUGGUAGUGAUUCCGACUAUAAUAAUGGGCGUUCAACAGGUUAUAAAUUUCUUCGCGAUAGUGGGCUUGGCUUGACUCCAAAAGUGCUCCUGAAUGGUAUUGUUCUGGACGAUUCUGGCAUAACAGCUGACCAUUUUGAAGAAACUGUAAUGAUGGAAAUCAUGCGCGUUACGUCGCGUUUGCAGAAGGCAGUGAUGGAAAAGAAACUAAAAGAUCAAGAUAAUGUAAUGAAUUGGAUACUUUCCCAGCCGGAAGUUAUGCCACGAAUCAACAAGCUUAUUUUGGAUUCACCGUUAUCACCAAAUGCGUUGUAUCUGGAUUUAACUUCUGCCAAAAAAUGUACAAACGUAUCACCUGCACAGUAUUACAAAUUACCGUCAGAAGAGCAGAAUCAAUGCAUGCUAAAAGGAAUGCGAUACAUUACGAGGACAGAGGAAAUGAAAACUCAUUUUUCUACUGUUUGGGUUGUGACCGACUUGGAAACUGUUGAAGGACGACUUUUGGCUUAUAAUGCAGUUAGACAUCUUAAACGUUCUUAUACUAUGCGUGUUGCUAUCAUCAAUAAUCCUAAGGAUAUUAAAGCAGCAACUACUUCUGGCAGUAUAACGAUGCUUGUGAAUAUCGCGUCACGCUUACUUGUACCAAGGCAAAUGAAAUCAUUUGUAACAAAGCUUGUGAAAGAAGAAAUUGUAUCGAAACUGCUAAAUAAACAAAUUACUUUGGAUGAUCUUGCUGUUAAUGAUAUGAAUAUGACAUUUUUUUACAAGGAAUCGAAACAAAUAAAUAGUGACGAAAUUGUCGCUGAUGCUAGGUACUCAAAAGAUAUUCUUGGCUUGAAACCAGGACAGUUAGCUUUGGUAGUGAAUGGCUUACUUAUUGGACCACUUAGCGAUGGUGAAGUUUUGGAUGUUGCCGAUAUGGAAUUAAUUGACAAACUCAUUUUGCUUCGAGGUGGAAAGGUAAUUGGAGACUAUAUGGAGAAAUGGAAAAUACAAACGAGACAUGGGGAAUCAUCAGAUAUGGUUGCACGAAGCAUGGCUUUGAUUGGAAGUGGUGUUGCCAAAAAACGACGAUCCAUUGCACUUUCAAGAGAGAAAGAAAGUGUCGUGACGAUCUAUGGAAACAACGAAGAAGGCAUAAUCUUGGUGCUAUGUAUUGUUGACCCAUUGUCUACUCAAGCUCAACGACUUGGCCAUUUACUAACUGUCAUACAAAAAGUUGUCAAUGUGGAAGUGAAAUUAGUAAUGAAUCCCAGAGCUAAACUUAGCGAGCUUCCAUUAAAGAGGUUUUAUCGUCUCGUGCUACAACCGACGGUGAUGUUUGAUGAUUCGGGGCGUAUCGAUAUUGCUGCUUAUGAAGCACGCUUCACAGCGUUACCAAACAAACAGUUGCUAACUCUUGCGGUUGUUCCACCGGAUGCUUGGAUGGUUCAGUCCGUAUAUGCCAUUUAUGAUCUAGACAAUAUUAGGCUGGAAAAUGUAGCAGGAAAUGUGCUUGCCAAAUUUGAGCUUGAGCAUAUUCUUCUGGAAGGUCAUUGCUUUGAUGAUAUAACUGGAUCACCUCCACGUGGUCUGCAGUUUACUUUGGGCACACUAACAAAUCCGAGUCGUUAUGACACAAUUGUUAUGGCCAAUUUGGGCUAUUUCCAGUUAAAAGCUGAUCCGGGUGCUUGGAUCUUGAACCUUCGUGAUGGUAAAUCGAAGGAUAUCUACAACAUUGUAAGUCAUGUAAAUACAGAACUGGAGGAUGAAACCGGAGUAAAUGUACUAAUCGAUUCAUUCAGUGGUCGAACAAUUCGUAUUCGGGUCGCCAAAAAAAAGGGAAGAGAAAAGGAAAAUUUGCUAAGUGAGAAAUCGGAAGGAGAGAGCGAGGAUUAUCUUUCCGUUUGGAGCAGCAUAUCGACAACAAGUAAAAGUGGUGGUGAAAAAUAUGAUGCGAUUAAUAUUUUUUCGUUGGCAUCAGGACAUUUAUAUGAACGUUUCCUGCGGAUCAUGAUUUUGAGCGUAAUGAAACAUACGAAACAUCCUGUCAAUUUUUGGUUACUUAAGAAUUAUCUGUCACCUAAUUUUAAGGAAACGUUGCCUCAAAUGGCUAAGCAUUACGGUUUCAAGUAUGAGUUUAUAGAGUAUCGUUGGCCACGUUGGUUACAUCAGCAAACUGAAAAGCAGCGCGUCAUGUGGGGAUACAAAAUACUUUUCUUGGAUGUUUUGUUCCCGUUAAGUGUACGAAAAAUAAUUUUCGUUGACGCGGAUCAGAUCGUUCGGACAGAUUUGAUGGAACUGAUGGAGUUGGAUUUGGGAGGUGCUCCAUAUGGUUUCACGCCAUUUUGUGAUAGCAGGACAUCGAUGGAUGGUUUCAGAUUCUGGAAAAAAGGUUAUUGGGCUAAUCAUCUUGCUGGUCGCAAAUAUCAUAUCAGCGCACUUUACGUAAUCGAUUUGGUUAAAUUUCGUCAGGUGGCUGCUGGUGAUCGGUUACGUGGUCAGUAUCAAGGAUUGAGUGCUGAUCCAAACAGCCUUUCAAAUCUUGACCAAGAUUUACCAAAUAAUAUGAUUCACCAAGUACGCAUUAAAUCAUUACCACAAGAAUGGCUUUGGUGUGAAACAUGGUGUGAUGAUGCUUCAAAAGAAAAGGCAAAGACGAUUGAUUUGUGCAACAAUCCCCAGACUAAAGAACCGAAACUUGAUUCGGCCAUGCGAAUUAUUCCAGAAUGGAAAGAUUAUGACGCUGAAAUAAAGGUGUUACUUGAUGAAAGAUCAAAGAAGUAUGCAGAAGAAAGAAAGUCUGGGCAUAAAGCAAUUGAUGAACACACCGAGCUAUAAAUUACUCUUUUUCAUUUUUAUAAUGUAAAAUUUUCAUUAUUUGAAGUUGAUGACAUCAGAAUUGUGCUCCGUAAAUGGUGCUUUACACCAUUUACGGAACUUUUCUAAUCUUUUGUUGUGCUUGAGAUUCCUUCUCAGCCACAUGAAAGGAUCUGCAAAUCAAGAUAGAUUGAAGGAACAGUAUCUGUGAAAAAUAUACUGUUUCCAGAUAUGAAGUAUUUUGUAAAUAAAAUGCUUCAGUUUUAUCGUGACAAUUUAAUAUUUUCUGUAUUUAAUCGUGG